AUGAGCGAUGAAAAUAUAAUUUGACAAAAAGAAAUGUUUUGCGUCUAUGUAUUGGGUCAAGUAAUUAGUUGAAAUCAUCUGUAAAAUAGAAGUGAUAUAUUUGAAGUACAACUCCCAGAGAUUAAAUAGAGAAGUCGGGGGUUAUAUUGAAAGCAGAAUGCGAAUCUGAAGCCGCAGCACAGGAAGCAAGCGAUCUCAAAAGGAACGUAUUGGUUUUACACACAAACAAAACAGCGGUUGAAGAGAUGAGAGGAGACACUGCUGGCCUGAAGGGACUUUCAUUCAUUUUAAAAUCUCAUGAGGACCAGAACGCCAUGGCGCUCGGUGAGGAAGAUAGGGAGACAGCGGCCGAGACAUCUCCCCCGGUCACUGAGGUGCAUCACAAAAGUAAAGAAGGAUCCAGCCUGUUGCAUAUAGAGGAGAAGUUAUUUGUAUCCAGUCUGCACUCCUUCAUGAAGGAACGGGGUUCGCCCAUUGAAAGGAUUCCACAUUUGGGCUUCAAACAGAUUGACCUUUGGAUGAUCUUCAAGGCAGUUGAGAAAUUGGGUGGAUAUAAUUCAGUGACAGCACGACGCCUGUGGAAGAAAGUGUACGAUGAACUGGGAGGGAGUCCCGGUAGCACCAGUGCUGCAACCUGCACUCGCAGACACUAUGAGAGGCUAGUGUUGCCUUACGAAAGACACCUAAAAGGAGAAGAUGAUAAGCCUCUGCCUCUCAGCAAACCAAGGAAGCCUUAUAAAAGGAAUUCGGGAGGGAAAAUAAAAGCAGCGUGGAAGGGGAAAAGGAGCAAAACAGACAGAGAAAAAGAUUCGGAGAGGCUGCUUUCAGAGGCUGCUAGUCGGAGUGGAGCAGUGGUGCAUCCUGAUUCUGCUUUCUGGUCAGCUAACACUGACAGGCACCAGCCACAAGUGCCUCUUGCCCCCGACUUUUAUGCAUAUUCACACCUGCUGCACAGCCCCGCAACAACAGCGUGGCCUGCGAACAUCUCCUCAGCUGUUGGAGAGGUCAUCUCUCCUCUGGAGAAAAAGAAGCGCGUAGCAAAGGCCAGCCUUCGAGCGGAUCCGCAAGAGGAGAGUGACAGCGCUUCUGUUAUCCACCGCUCUACGUCACCAGCCUCUGCCAGCCACAAGUGUGACUCCUCUGACAGCUCUCCUCGGCCUCUCUCUUCCUCCUCCUUCUCCUCCAGGAGCCCAUCCCUGUGCUCCAUCUUAUCAGAGGACGAACAGAACUCUGCACCGAGCUCAGAUUUGGACCCCGAUUGUUUCAUCCAAAAUGAUGACACCCCCAGGGGACAAACGUCAAAAGAUACAACAGGAGAGAGGAAAGAUAGAUAUCAAGUCAACUCCUCAAAGGAUAAAAAUCACAUUAGAGAGCCUAAAGCGUCCACCAAAGACCUCACAUAUUCCUUUCACUCUUCGACCAAAUUGAAGUCUGACUCUUCCUCUGGUUUCAUCAAAGUUUUGACCAAAUCGGCACAGUUACCGCGCCCCGCGCCUAUCUGGCCAGGCCACAGAAUCCAACAUGGGGCUUUGAUGCAUCACAGCAAAUCUUUAAAAAACAUCCCUCCGGACUCAUUGCCCUCAUGGGAAACGUUCAGGGCAAUGCCAACAAAGUUUCCUCCCACCCAGCAGAGGCCAUGCCACGCCACUUACACCACGCCGUCUUACAACAUGUCAGUGAGAGACUCUCAUCUCCAGACCACGCUGCAGCAAACGGCCUUCCUCCCCAGAAUAAGAAUACCUCAGUCUCAGGUCCCAUACCGCCAUCUUCCUGUCAGUACGCCUCACUCUGCUCUCAUUUACCCCUACCCGUACACCAUCCCUCUGUGGGGUCCCCGCACUUCAUACACCAUUCCCACCUUUUAUACUCAACACAAACUGUGAUUAUUUCAUUUUAUCUACAGGUGUUAGCAAUUUCAACUUGUGGAAAAAUACCUUUCUUAUAAAUUCAGUGGAAUCUCCAAACACUCAUGGAUUUGCAUAUUCAUGGAUUUCAUAAUUUGGAUUUUCCCCAUUUUUUAUGGGAUUUUAACUCUUUGUUCCCUACGCUUUUUGUGGAACUGUUAAUUGUGUUUUUAAACCCCAAAAUAGGGGGAGGAUAAUUACCGGUAGUUGCCCUUGCACUUGACAAAUCUAGUGCAACCCACCAAUUGCCAUUCAUACAACAGAUUUGUACCUUUUUGUUCAACUGGGUCGUAGAUUUUACACUGAGAAAGUAAAUUUGUGAGUAAACGGAAACAAGUCUAUCAGUAUUUCGGAUACUUUUUGGAAAAUACGUGUGUUAUUUAGUAUAGUUUAUUGUUUUGGUUCCUUUUUAAAAUGUACAAACAUCGACUGCCAAAAAUGUUAAGACCGGAGUAUCGCCUUCAAUUUCAUUUGAAACAACAUUUAUAAAUAUGUCAAAAUCCUGGGACAAGCUGCAAAGUUUAAUAAAAGUUAAAUAUACUAUCA